GGAGGUCGGUGAAGACCGGAGCGAGAGCGGGAAGAGCUCGAGGGUGCGCGCGGGGAGCCCGAGUUCAAACAACGGACAGCCGCCAUGAAGUUAUAUUUCCAAAUCCUCAUGCUACUUUGGUGCUUUAUGGAUAUAUCAAAGGCUGCCAAAAUUGUGAUUGUGCCGCCGAUUAUGUUUGAAAGCCAUCUCUACAUUUUCAAGACUCUAGCUAAAGCUUUGCAUGAGCAUGGACAUGAUACUGUGUUUGCAGUAUCAGAAGGUAGAGAAAUCCCUUCAUCAGAUUAUUUUAGAUUGCUGCGGUAUCCUGGUUUCUUCAAUAGCACAACAGCAGAUGAAUUUUUGCAAUCUAAGAUGCGAAACAUUUUCUCAGGAAGACUAACGGCACUAGAACUUUUUGACAUUCUGGAGCAUUACUCCAAGAACUGUGACAUCAUGGUUGGCAGUCAGAGUUUCAUUGCACAGCUCAAAGAGGAAAAGUUUGACUUGCUUUUGGUGGACCCAAAUGAAAUGUGUGGCUUUGUCAUUGCGCAUCUUCUGGGAGUGAAAUAUGCAGUCUUUUCUACUGGUCUCUGGUACCCAACAGAAGUUGGUGCUCCAACACCGUUAGCCUACGUACCAGAAUUCAACUCUCUCCUUACAGACGAGAUGAAUUUAUUUCAACGAAUUACAAAUAUUGCAGUAUAUUUGGUGUCACGCUUUGGUGUGAAUUUUCUGUUCUUGCCAAAAUAUGAGAGAAUUAUGCUGAAAUAUAAAAUUGAGCCUGAACGCUCCAUGUACGAUUUAAUACAGGGUUCCAGUUUAUGGAUGCUUUGCACGGAUAUAGCACUGGAGUUUCCUCGGCCGACUUUGCCCAAUGUUGUGUAUGUGGGAGGAAUUUUGACUAAACCUGCAAGCCUUCUACCAGAAGACUUUAUGACCUGGGCAGAUGAUGCUAAGGAGGAAGGCUUUGUCCUCGUAUCUUUUGGAGCCGGUGUGAAGUAUCUGUCAGAUGAUGUUGCGCACAAGUUGGCAGGAGCUCUGGCACGGCUUCCUCAGAAAGUAGUGUGGAGGUAUUCUGGAAAGAAGCCUGUCAAUUUGGGAAAUAAUACAAAGCUUGUGGAAUGGAUGCCCCAAAAUGAUUUACUUGGUCAUCCAAACAUCAAAGGAUUUCUAAGCCAUGGUGGUCUGAAUGGUAUCUUUGAAGCAAUGUAUCAUGGUGUACCUGUAGUUGGGAUCCCUCUUUUUGGUGACCACUAUGAUACAAUGACCCGUGUGCAUGCCAAAGGCAUGGGCAUCUCAUUAAACUGGAAAACAAUGACAGAGCAUGAUCUAUAUAAUGCAAUGUUGACAGUGAUUACUGAUCCACGUUACAAGCAACGUGCUGAACAGUUAUCUCAGAUUCAUAGAGACCAGCCCGAGCAUCCUGUGAGCCGAACGGUUUACUGGAUUAACUACAUUCUUCGUUACAGUGGAGCAGAACAUCUUCGUGCUGCUGUUUAUAAUAUCCGGUUCUAUCAGUACUUCUUAUUGGAUGCAGUUCUGCUUGUUUCAUUGAGCUUUUUUGUUGCAUUCAAGGUAGUAUUGUGGAUAGUAAAGCUGAUUGCCAAAAGGUUUUCAUCUAAAUUAGUGCACAGUAAAAGUAAUGGACACUACUACAAUGGAAUAGCAAAUGGUAAACAUCGGAAGAAUGGUCAUGUCAAACAUGAAAAGAAAGUGAAAUGAAUAAUCUUGUCUAUCCUCU